AUGACGGCUCCAAUGUCAGCUGCGGCUGCCGCCCGAGUUGACUGGCGUGCCAUUGCAAUCUGCCUGUUCAUCACCAUUGCAGCCUUUCAAUUUGGCUUCGACUCAUCCUAUUACUCUGGUAUACUGGUGAUGGAGCCCUUCAUCAAAGCCUAUGGACAUUAUGACAGUGCAACCGGCGGCUAUGUCCUUAGCUCUAGCAUUCAGUCCCUCACCACCAGUAUCAUCAAUGUCGGUGAGCUCGUCGGAGCCGUAUCCUCAUACCUUGUCGAUGACAGAAUCGGUCGCCGAGGGGGCUUGUUUGUUUCAAGCACAUUUGUUGUCUUGGGGGUGAUCUUUCAGGUCUCCGCCGAUAAACUUGCUCUGUUAAUUGUUGGGCGGCUACUCCUAGGGUAUGCCGUGGGUCUGAUUUCGUGCUUGGUUCCGCUAUAUGUCGCCGACUGUGCCCCGGCCCGGUUCCGUGGGGCUCUGGUUUCUCUCUACCAAUUCGAUGUUGGUCUUGGACUGCUACUGGGUGUCAUCGUGGACAAUGCGACCAAGAAUCGGAACGACAGCGGCGCUUAUCGGAUCCCCAUGGCGGUUCAGCUGGUCUUCCCAGUUAUUUUGGUCCCGGGGCUUAUCUUGUUUGCCCCUGAAUCACCUCGCUGGCUCUUGAAGAAGGGGAAGACGGAGCAAGCCCGUGCAGCUCUCCGUCGCUUGCACGGCAAUCGACCCGACGUGAUCGAGAGCGAAGUUUUGUACAUAUCCGGGACACUCGAAGAAGAACGUCGCGCUGAAGGCUCGUGGAGGGAGCUACUACACUGGCAUCAGGAUGGUCGCAAAGCAUACUUGGGUAUGGCACUACAAGCAUGGCAACAAGCCUCUGGAAUCAAUUUCAUCACCAGCUACGGAAUCGUUUUCUUCUCGGCUAUCGGGAUGACCAAUUCAUUCCUGAUCCAGAUGGGCUUGUAUCUGGUCCCCAUGCCCGCGGUAUGGCUGAACCAGUACUGCGUCGAGCGCUUUGGCCGUCGCCCUAUGCUUCUUCUUUCGUGCGUCCUUGUUGCCAUCGUGCUUCUGAUUGUCGGCGGGGCCGGAACAGCAUCCCAUAAAACUAUGACUCUCGAUCGAUUGAUUGUCGCCAUGGUAUACAUUUACAUGAUCGUGUAUAAUCUUUCCCUGGGCCCCGCCGUUUGGGUCGUUACCUCGGAGAUUGCUGCCGGACCGAACCGCAGCAAGUUGAUGGCUACGUCGACGGGAGUCAAUUGGUUUUGCAGCUGGAUGGUGACUUUUACCUUCCCAUAUCUCUUCGACAGCGAUGCUGCCAAUUUGAGCGCCCGAGUCGGCUUCAUCUACGGUAGCCUGAUGGUCGCAGCAACGGCUUGGAUAUUUUUUCUGCUUCCGGAGACGGCCGGACGCACGUUGGAAGAGAUACAAAUCCUCUUCAAGAAUGGUGUCUCCGCCCGCAGCUUCAAAUCUUAUGACAUCCCCGGAGCGCCAGGUGACUUUGUCCUCGAGGAGAAAAAGGAGGCUCAUGCGACUGAGGUGGAGGAGGUAUAG